CAGCGAAUUGAAUUCCAGUCGAUACUGCCUUAUUUUUUCUUUUUUUGGCCCCUCAUCAUUGGUUGUUCCUUUAUCUUUGGACUUUAUUAAUCGGUCUUCGCUCGUUUAAUCUCGUGGUUGGUCAUGAAAAAUUGUUUUUCUCUACCAACGCGGAGAUGGGUUUUCUUUUUUUGUUGAAUUAAUUUUGUAUUUUAAUUCCUUUUUGGUACAUACAUAUAUGGGUAUCCUGUUUGGUUGGUUGUUCUUGAGCUUUUUUCGACGGCUUAAUUUGCGGAGAAAGCGUUUUCUUUAUCUUCACAAAUAGAAAGUGGAAAAGUAUUUUUUUUUCUUUGCCAAUCGCGUAAAACGAAUAACCCAUCUUUGCUUGGUCGAUAACUUAUCGUUCUUUGGGGGUCUCUCUCUUCUAUCUCCUUAUUGCUUGCCUUUUCCCCUUCUUUCUUUUCUUGUAAUCUUUUCAGAGUUCUUCCAUGAUCGCAGGAGUUAGUUUGGGUUUUCAUAUGUGUGGCUGAUUAAUCUUCUUAUGUUUCUUGAUUGAUGAUAUAUAGACAAGACAGAUAUACAUGGGUGAGUAUUCUGGUAAAAGAUCCUUUGGUGGGCUUCUUGUACCCAGGAAAGGACCUGGUCUUGUUUCAAGAGAUGCAGCUGAAAGUGGGGAUAAGUUUUGCAACAGAAUUGGAUGCAACGGCAGACUCAACCAUACCAGAAGUCCCCAUAAUGGUUCUGAAAAAUUUAAGUCCUCAAGACCUUCUUUCCAUGCUUCAAAUGGCAAGGAGAUAGUUGGAAGUUCUACUAGGACUUGUUCUGCAGUUGCCAACACAAGAAAAUCGUUUCUGGAAACCAGGAAAAAGCCAUCUUCUCUAUCAGAACUGGAUUCAUCUGCACCUAGUAGUGUUGAGGACGAGCCAGAAGUGUUGGAUGUUGUCUCCUCCUCAUCUGGAAGGGGUGUUCAGAUUGGGAAUCAAUCUGAUGCUAAGAGGUCCGGGAAAGUUAGUUUGAUUGAAGCGGGGAGCUCUAGUAUAGCAGCAUCCAAUAGUAGACCUCGGAAGGCAUUCUGGCAGAAAUCUGGGAUACGCAACCGAGACGCUCAUCCAUUAGGUCCUUCUGUUCCCUUGGCCAGCACAAGCCCGGGGGCAAGAAACAGGUAUGGUUUGGGAAAUCUUAGAUGCAACUCAGCAUCUGAUGUAGUAGUCCCCUCAGGUGGUUCAUCAUCCGAAUCAAAAAUUAGUAGGAGAAACAAUAUACUGAAAAAUGGAAACCCUAAAGGAGAAAGCUGUUCAUCUGUUUGUGGUAGGAAGAUGACUAGACCAUCAUCAGAUGGUACAACUUCUACCCAGGGACUUUCCAUUUCUGAUUCACGACGAACCAGAAAUGGGUCUCCUAGUGGAAAUGGUGGCUUGGGAUGGGGUCGGACUCGGAAGUCAAUCAAUGGUACCACUAGGACGAGGCUUUCUUCUCAAGGAAAUGGAAAUGGGUUGUUACCAAAGGAUAUAACCCCACAAGUGCCUCAACCAGAAUUGCAUAUUGGUGGGGGUAUUCCUGGUUCUUCUCAUCAGUUUUCAGCUGAAGCUGCUUCUUCAAGUCGCUCAACCUCUUUUAGUAGUUAUAGUAGUAGUGGUGGUAGUUCACCUGGCCUUAUGCGAGCAGGACCUGCAGAACUUGGGAUACCCUGUUCCCUUAUGAAUCAUGAUGGCUUGCGGCGAUAUAAUAUGGGUGGUAUCGCAGAGGUAUUGAUGGCGCUUGAGAGAAUUGAACAAGAUGAGGGGCUAACACAUGAGGAAUUACUUGCUCUGGAGACAAAUAUAUUCCUUGGUGGACUUGGCUUAUAUGAUCAGCAUAGGGACAUGAGACUGGACAUUGAUAACAUGUCUUAUGAGGAAUUACUAGAAUUAGAAGAGAAGAUGGGUAGUGUGAGCACAGCACUGUCAGAGGAAGCUCUAUCAAAAUGUCUUAAAAGAAGCAUCUAUCAGCCUCUAUCUCCCAAAGGAGGAGCUGUGGAAUGCACGGAAGACGAAAAUCAAGGCAAAUGCAGUAUUUGUCAGGAAGAGUACGCAAUUGGAGAUGAGGUUGGAAAAUUGGAAUGUGAACAUGGGUAUCAUGUGGAGUGCAUACAUCAGUGGCUGCGGCUCAAGAAUUGGUGUCCCAUCUGCAAGGGUUCAGCAGCAACUUCACGGUCGCCCUCAUUCAGUUAAUAGACAGGACCAUUUUAUUUCUUCAGGAAUCAUAUGGCUUUGUUCAAUUGAACUCUUAUUUUCUUUUGUUUUACUGUACAUAGAAAUCCCUUUAGCUGAUCUUCAACAAUAAGCCCUGCCCUCUAGGAAUUCACUGCUGCAGAACUGUCACAGAAAAUAUUUACAAUAUCGUUGUUGCUCAA